AAUUCAAAGGGACACUUGGCCAACAGCAAGAACCGAAGUGACCGUCUAAAACUAUCUCCGAAACACACAAACAGAAACAAAAACUACAUCAGAAACGCGAUUUUCCAUUCUCAGUUUUGCAGAUUCUUCAAACGUCAUUCUCUUCUUCUCCAAAUCCAACUCUGUAAUCUCCUCUUCCGAACUACAGAUUCCGAUUCCAAUUUCUGCCAUCUCUCUCAAUUUCCUUCCAAUUCCCUUUUUUCUUCCGAUUUCACUCUCUUCUCAGCUGCUUUUCCUUUCACUCUCUUCUCUGCUGCUUUCCCUUUCUCAUUUCUCCUUUUCUUCGAUCCCUUUCGUAAAGUUCCGGCGUUUCAACCUCAAUUUGCUUCCAUGGCUUCAUUUCAGUUCGUUUUCAAUCCUUGACGUUUAGGGUUUUGCCGUCUUCGCUAAAACCCUAGUUUUUCUAAACUUUUUUUUUUUCUGAAUUUUAUUUGAAAUGGGUUUCGUUUGAUGCGAUGAGAUGUUGUAGGGGUUUCGUUUCAAUUUCCGUUGCUUACUAAUGGGCGCCCGAACUAGCAACCGGAAGCGCGACGACGAGUGUUUGAGUCUUAAUCGUUCGUAUUCAUCUUUGAGAUCACCGGAUUUUCACGUCUCCAAGAAACCUAAAUUUUCUACUAUGUCUUCGGAUCGGCCAGUUGUUUCAUCGAACUCUACAGUGGCUAGGCUCUCCCGGUACCCUGAAGAAACUUCGCAAUUGCGUCGAGAAGUCCAUGGUCCUUGCAGAUUGUUCAAAUUUGGGCUCUCGAGGAGCUUCCAUAGGUUUUGGGAGUCUAAAAAUAGUGAGUUGUCCGAACAAGACGAGGUGGGGAAUAUCUUGUCGCACAAUUACCAGAUUGCGAAGAGUCGUGCAAUUGGUUCAUUGCGGUCCUUUCCGAAGGAUGUCAUUGAAUUGGAUUCAGACUCGCAAACUGAAAGAAACGCUUCUGGAGAUUCGAAGAGCGAAGACGAUGUUGAGGUGGUUGAAGAUGAUAAGCAGGACCAGAGGCCUCGUGAGGUUGAUACAGUGGAGGAAUUGGAUGAGAAGGUGAUGAAUGUUCAUCAGCCAUCGUCGUCUUUGGUAAUUGUAGAUUUAACAAAUGACAAUUCAAAAGUUGAAAACGCUGAGAAAAUGCUUGGUGCUUUGUCACUGGACCGGGAUUUGUCCAGUGUUUCUGCUUACAAAAAGUUGCUUCAGAGUGUGGAGAAGCGAACAUCAAGAUUGAAAAGCUUGGAUUUUGAAAUCGAGUUGAAUGAGAAGCGUCGGUCAAUUCUUCAAUCGCUAACUCCAAAGAAGAAGCCUCUUGAUGUGAUUCCGCGGGAACUUUUUACGCCUCUUACUAAGGAGGAGGAAGCCGAGGUCGAACAGGCGCUCUCUUCUAACCGGAGAAGGGUUUUGGUUGCUCAUGAGAAUUCAAAUAUUGAGAUUACUGGGGAAACUUUCCAGUGUCUGAGACCAGCUGCUUGGUUAAAUGAUGAGGUGAUUAAUUUGUAUCUUGAGUUGCUGAAAGAAAGAGAAAGAAGGGAGCCAGAGAAGUAUCUGAAAUGUCAUUUCUUUAAUACCUUCUUCUAUAAAAAGUUAAAUGGAAGGAAUGGCUACGAUUACAGAUCUGUUCGAAGAUGGACCAGUCAAAGAAAGUUGAAAUAUGAACUCAUAGAUUGUGAUAAAAUAUUUGUCCCCAUCCAUAGAGAAAUACACUGGUGCCUAGCAGUAAUCAACAAGAAAGAGAAGAAGUUUCAGUAUCUUGAUUCUCUCAAGGGAAUGGAUUCUCAUGUUUUGAAAACACUGUUCACAUCUAGAGCACACUUGCUAUAUGGAUUGGUCAUGUAUUAAGGAUUUAUGAUAUGAAAAUCCUAGUGACUUAGUAUUAGGAACUCUUUGGAUAUAGGAUUCCCUAAUUCUCAAACACUAAUACUAAAACUUUCAAAUUGAUUCAAUCUCAAUCCUAAGGUUUAAGUUAGUCAGAGUGUCUUAAGACCUAAGCUCUUGAGAUGAAGAAUAAGUUUCUUGAUCUAAGAGUUGAACACUCCACCAGAUGAAGUAGCUAGCAUGCAAUUCGAGACAUGAAUUGCAAAAGGGUCAUGAAGCUUUCAACCCAACUUGAAAGAAAAAAACUAUUCAACUUAUCAUAAUCUAAUAUGUACAACCCAUUGACAAGGCUUUAGAUAGCCUCCCAACUAAACCUAAAUACCACAUCAUCAAUCAUAGUAGAGAAAAAAGAACUCUGCUUAAUAAGCUUUAAAAAGGAAAUAUUGACUACAAUAAGAUUGGAUCAAAAUUAUUAAAUUAAAUAUGAAUAAUAAGUUGAACUCCUUGACAAUUCAUAUCAUAAGGUUGAUAGUGGUUGUGUGAUAUGUAGUGAGGAGGAUUUAUUACAUUUUUCAGAAAGUGAUAGUAAAAUUGGAAUGGCCAGUAUGGAGGGAAUCAAUAAGACAGUGGUCGCUGAACAACGAUCAAAUUAAUUCAGUUUCGAUACAGUUGAUUACGGGGAACUUGCAUGUGGUUUUGAUGUUGUCAGGAGAUAUUGGCAUCAGAGAGAACAAUUAGGUACAGGGCCUCCAGAAUAUGAUUCUGCAUUCCAGUGCCACAUUUUUCCGUAGUGAAUUUAGACAUAGUUGAUUUCUGGAUUGGUGAGAGAAGAUUUGACCAACGUUAACUAGUUUAGUUCGGUUUUUUAUUUGGUUCUUAACAAGCAUAUAUUCCUAUUUCUUAGUUUGGUCGCAAUUUCAACCUUUGAUAUGAGAUAUAUGUUAAUUGCCAUGGGAUUUGAAUGGCUUGAAGUCAUGGGAUUUAAAAGUUUUGGUAAGUGGAUGUUGGUUAGUAACUAUUUCAUUUUCAGAUUUUAAGUUUUGCCUUUUCAUUUUAAAAGAAGGGUAUUUGAUGAUCUAUGUAGUUUUCAGUUUCUAAAUAUUGGGAUUUAAAAUAAAAUUUGAAAUCUAAAAAAGACAAAUUUUAAAGAUAGGCUACUGUUUUUAAAAAUUGCUUACCUUUUGACUUCUUGACACUCUACCAUAGUCAUCUUCUCUAUUUUUUUUCUCUCUCUCUCUCUCUCUAACUUGUAUUUGUCUCUUUAACACAUUCUCUCUCUCAAACAUACCUCCCCCCGCGGUGUAUCUCUUUAUAAAAUUCUUCUUACUUUGCAACUUCUCUAUCUAUAACUUUUCUUUUCCUAUCUUACAUCUCUCUCUCUAAAGUUUUUCUCUCCAACUUUUCUGUAAUUUCAUUUCAAGUCAUACCAUCCAUCCCUGCACUCCAAUUUACCAUUUCUGUUGUCGUUGCCACAAAUCUUAUUUCUUUGCACUCAUGACACAUCUCUAUCUUCAUUGCUUUGAGCACUGCUGCAAUUAUGAUAAACAUUUAGGGUGGUGUUUGGCCUAGCAACUUCAUAAGUUCAUGUUAAACAACCUAGCUUCAAUAGUGUUGACUAGUAAAGUUUGCACAUUUAUCGAGAACUUCAUGUUCUCUUUCUCUAUUUUGUACAUAUAUGGAGGAAUUCUAUCUUAAAACUCUGCACUCCAAACACAAACUUACAAACUCCAAUAUAUUAACCCUAGACUCCACAUCUCAACUCAAUGUCUAAACACCCCAUUAGAUGUACAUUUGGCACCCUGCCUAUUGCUAGGGAGGCAGGCAUGUGACAGACAGAUGUAUUUUAGUUUGUCCUGAUGGGGACUAUAGUUUUAGCUUUCUAAUACCCUCCUCACUUUCUAACAUCUUUUUUAACUAUUAUUUGGGACUAUAGCUCUUGCAUUUAUUUUGCAUAUCCCUGAGAACGUUUCUUUUUUCUUGUAAUCAUUUUCUACUGAUGAUUAUUUUAUUAUUAUUAUUAUUAUUACAUAAGUUAUGUGCGUCAUUACUUGGGCUAAUGCCUUUCUUUGCAUCUAUUGCUUAGACUGGAAGAAGCUUUUAAAUGAUUAAGGUACCUUGCACCUUAUAAAACACUGGAUGUACUAUUUCAUCCUGUUGUAAUCCGAUAUACAUGACAGAAUCUAAUGUUUACAUAAUUGGUCUAGGUUUGAUUUUACCUUCCCAUGAUCUAAGCUUUGUUCGAUUUCUGUGAUUGUUGAACUAACUCUUGUUAUAAGAGUUGGCUGAUAUUUAAAUGUUAUAAUGUCAAGUUUUUCCAUUAUAAGAUAUUUUACUUAUUGUUUCUUUAAAAAAAAAAGGAAGACCGGAAAUUUUGUUGAACUCUAGCUGACUUACAUUCACAAUUAUUAUUUUUCUUAAGAAAAUGACUUUCAUUUAUUUUAUUCUUAUGACGUGGUAGUACAAAAGAAGGGGGUCUAUAAGAUCUCUUUGAUUAUCCUAUGCAAGCCAUGUUAUAAUUUUGAUCCCUAUGU